AUGACCACGAGAGAUCUUGUAGUGAAAUUCUUUUUCAUUCUCUUCCUCCUCUUCAUAUCUGUAUCUGCUUCUUCAGCCAAAAAAUCUUUCAAACCAAAAGAGCCAUGCAAACAUAUUGUGCUCUAUUACCACGAUACUCUUUUUAAUGGCACAGAUGUGGCUAAUGCAACAUCUGCUGCAGCUACCAACGCUACAAAUCUGGGAGACUUCAAAUUUGGUAUGCUAGUUGUUUUUGAUGAUCCCAUGACAAAAGACAAUCAUCUUCUUUCUAGUCCUGUUGCAAGAGCACAAGGGUUCUAUUUCUAUGACAUGAAGUCCACCUACACUGCAUGGUUUGCCUUCACUUUGAUAUUUAACUCCACUGAACAUAAAGGUACUCUAAAUAUAAUGGGUGCAGACUUGAUGACGCUGGAGACAAGGGAUUUCUCUGUGGUUGGAGGGACAGGAGACUUUUUCAUGGCUAGAGGGAUUGCCACGAUUCAUACUGACACUUUCCAGGGUGACUAUUAUUUUCGCCUCAAGAUGGAUAUCAAGUUAUAUGAGUGUUAUUAA